AUGUUCACAAAGGGAAUGCUUAGAAGAUCUUUCUCGACUUCGAGAGUCGCCAAGAGCUAUGCCGAUACCAUCAAGAACUUGAAGGUCAAUAAGGAUACCAAGGUUAUAUUCCAGGGUUUCACCGGUAAACAGGCUACUUUCCAUGCCCAACAAUCUAUUGAAUAUGGUACCAAAAUCGUUGGUGGUACCAACCCAAGAAAGGCUGGUCAACUCCACCUAGGAAAGCCAGUCUUUGCCUCGGUCGCUGAUGCCAUGAAAGAGACCGGUGCCACCGCUUCCGGUAUUUUUGUUCCACCUCCUGUUGCUGCUGCUGCCAUUGAGGAAGCUAUUGCUGCUGAAAUUCCUUUGGUUGUGUGUAUUACCGAAGGUAUCCCUCAGCAGGAUAUGUUGAGAAUUUCUCAGAUGUUGAAGUCACAAUCCAAGACUAGAUUGGUUGGUCCAAAUUGCCCUGGUAUUAUUUCUCCAGAUCAAUGUAAGAUCGGUAUUAUGCCUCAAUCAGUCUUCAAGCGUGGUAAGAUUGGUGUCGUGUCUAGAUCCGGUACUUUGACUUACGAGGCUGUUGCCCAAACUACUGAGGUUGGUCUUGGUCAAUCUUUGGUUAUUGGUAUGGGUGGUGAUCCAUCUCCAGGUACUAACUUCAUUGAUGCCUUAACUUUGUUCCUUAAUGACGCUGAGACCGAAGGUAUCAUUAUGAUUGGUGAAAUUGGUGGUUCCGCUGAAGAAGAAGCUGCUGAAUUCUUGAAGCAAUACAACCUUACAAGAAAGGUUCCAAAGCCUGUCGCUUCCUUCAUUGCUGGUCUAACUGCUCCUCCAGGAAGAAGAAUGGGUCACGCUGGUGCUUUGAUUUCUGGUGGUAAGGGUACUGCCCAAUCCAAGAUUGAUGCUUUGAAGGCUGCAGGUGUUUCUGUUGUUCCAUCUCCAGGUAGAUUGGGUAAGGCUUUGAUGGAUCAAUUCAAGGCUAGCAAUCUUUUGUAA